AAUUGUGUACCACUCAGUGUACAAAACGCGUACCACAAAGUGUGUGUUCUGUGCGCGUCAUUCUCAAACUCAUUCGCGGUACGUAGCGCUUCACAAGCGACACACAGUGUGUGUGUGUGCUCGCGAAUAAUCGUGUACCACUCAGUGUACAAAAGGCGCUUCACAAUUCGUGUGAUCCAUGCGCAUUAUCCUUGGUGCGCUAUCUCGCGGCGCAUAUUCUUCGCAAGACAAUCAAUAAUUGUCUGUGCAUUUCGCAAAAUUUGUGUACCUCCUUUGAAACAAAGGGUGCCUCACAACCUGGGUGUUCAAGGCACAUUGUUUAGUGCAUGCCAUUUGCAUCGCAUACAAUUCUACGAAACUUCGCAUCAAAGCCUGUGUUUUCAACAAUUCUUACUAACCGUGCAGUGCGCGUUGUACUAACAAAGUAAAGUGAUUUUUUUUCUCUCAAGCAACCGUGUUUGCUCAGUGAACAUUAAAAAUGACAAAAGCAGACAAGCUUAAGUCACGGCAAGCCAAACGGCAAAGCCUCAUUGUGUCUAUGCAGCGGCUUGCGCAGUUUGCAAAAGACUAUACUCCUCAACAACAACAGCAAAUACCCGACCGACUUGAUCGGUUGUCGAAAAUUUGGGAAUGUUUCCAAAUGGUGCAGGAAGACUGCGAGGAAUGGGACGAUUCCGAGAAUGCUACCAGCGAAAACGAAGCGUUAUUGUCACAAGCAGAGGAGCUUUACUUCGAAACAAAGGCCGCGUUAACAAGGUACAUUCCGGAAACAGCAGAUCAGGUAAAAGAAGAGGUUACCCGCCCAGCAAACGUACAUUCAUCCGAUACAAUAUUGAUUUGCUGGUGCCGUUGUUUCUACCGUGUAUAGCCGAGCAGCAAAAAUUCCGCCUAAUUCCGGGCGAUCUGGUCGUGUCGGAGGGUGCCGAGGCACUGUUGCGAUGCGAAAUUCACAACGCAGCCGGUUCGGUGCAGUGGACCAAGGACGGUUUUGCGUUGGGGUUUACGCAGAGCAUACCGGGAUAUCCACGGUAUUCGGUGCUCGGUGACAGUGGUCAGGGCAUCUACAAUCUGCGGAUAGUGAAUGUCACGCUCGAGGAUGACGCCGAAUACCAGUGUCAGGUGGGACCGUACAUGCACCACAAGCUGAUCCGUGCCAAGGCCAGGCUGACUGUAAUCGCUCCACCCACAUCGAUCCAAAUCCAGGGCUACAGCCAGCAUGCAAAGGUGGAAGUACGCGAGGGUGAAGAGCUGACGCUUACAUGCGUCGUUCCGAACGCGAGGCCAGCCGCACAGAUCGUCUGGUACCGGGCAAAUGUGGAGUACAAAUCGAACACGAUCGAAACCAAGAGCGCAGAGACGGAAGAUCACCGGUACACGGCCACGUCCAAGCUGCAACUUCAACCGACCGCGGAAGAUGACUACAUCGACUACACGUGCCAAGCCCGACACCAGGCAAUCCCGGAAGACCGUCCAAUGCAGUCGACCGUGCAGCUGUCAGUGCUCUACCCUCCCGGUGUGCCGUACAUCGAAGGAUACGCGCCGGGUGAAGUGAUUCGCCGUGGACAGCACGUUCAGCUGGCAUGUCGUAGCCGGGGCGGCAAUCCACCGGCCCAGCUGAUCUGGUAUAAAAACGGCAACCAGGCACGAAUGGCUUACCGGACCACGGAUCGGUUUUCGGAAAACAUCUACGCGUUUGUGGCCGAAGCGAGUGACAAUAAGGCCCGCUUGCGCUGCGAAGCGAACAAUAAAAUGGCGACGAAGAUACUCAAAGCAGAGAUUAUACUCAACGUGUUGUUUGCACCAACACAAGUCAUCGUUUCCGGACCAUCCGAAGCAAGGGUAGGCGACAGUGUGGCCUUACAGUGUCAGACAACGGCAUCGAAUCCGGCCGCAGAGAUUAAAUGGGUCGUCAAUGGGAAACAGGUGACAAACGCCUCGUCAAAGGUUGUCCCAAGUCCAGAAGGAGGAUGGGUAACGACCUCCAACAUAACGGCAACGGUGGAGGCUAGCAAACGCUCGCUAGUUGCCAUUUGCCAUGGUGUUAACAUGCAGCUGCCUGAAAACGUUCAAUCCACUCACACCGUGAAUGUGCUGCUACCUCCAGGACCACCGAUUAUUUCCGGCUACACCGAAGGAUCGAUUAUUACGGUCGGAACAAGGCAAAAGAUCAUGUGCACAUCGUCUGGCGGCAAUCCACUGGCGACGCUGGUCUGGUACAAGAACGAUAAAAAGAUCAAAUCCGUAAGCAAAACGACGGACCAGUCGGUUUCGGCCGAACUGUCGAUACUGGCAAACGUAACCGACAAUCAGGCACAGUACCGGUGCGAGGCGCACAACUCAGCCACCGAGAUACCGCUCUUCGAAACGAAAGUUCUGACCGUGCACUUCGCACCGGAGACCGCCAAGAUACGGAUCGAACCGGCUGAACUGCGGCCCGGCAUCGAAGCGACGCUGAUAUGCGAUUCCAGCUCGAGCAAUCCGCCGGCAAAGCUGUCCUGGCGGCACGAGGGCACCGUACUGGAAGGUACGAACAACUCCUCCAAAGCUGGACUGUGGGGCGGGACCGUGUCUUCGCUUGAGCUGAAGCUGAACAUCACGCAGGAUAUGGACGGCCACGUAUACACCUGCCAGAGCACGAAUGAGAUGUUGCAGCGUAGCAUCAACGUGGCUGUCAAUUUGCCAGUGUUGUAUGAGCCCCGGUUCCAAACGCCAGCCGAAACCGUUGUCCACGGUGUGGCGGGAGAGCCACUGACCGUUGCCCUGGUCGCGACCGGCAAUCCGUCGUCCAUCGCGUACACCUGGACCAAGAACGGCCAAACGAUAGCAUCGACCGGUAGUAGUGCUAGAACUAAUUCUAAACCUAUCACAUUCUGGGAAACGAUGCAUAAUCCAGCUUUCCGGAAAAUUGAACAUAGUAACCCCUUCACAAGCGCAAUAGUCCACCCAACAACACGUUCUACUAUAUUCUACACUCCAUUACCCCACUACACAACGUUAUAUUAUUUACUUCCAUACCUCUCUAUCGUCACAGAUGCUGCAACGAUAAAAGCCAUUUCGGAACUCGUUACCGUCGAUCCGGGCGAGGAUGCAAUACUAAACUGCACCGUAGACGGAAACCCAUUAACGCCGGACCAUAUUCGCUGGGAGCGGGAUGGGUACGAUCUGCGAGCGAAAACCACCACCGGCUACGCAAACGGAACCGGCACGCUGGUGGUGAAGGACGCCCAAAGGGAGGAUGUGGGCAAUUUCCGGUGCAUCGCUGAUAAUCGUGUCGCAGCCGCGGACAGUCGCAAUGUGCUAUUGAUUGUCAAAUUUGCACCCGAGAUAGACAAAUCGCCCGCAAUGCUACGUGCCGCGUCCGGUCCGGGCGACCAAGCGCGCCUUCCCUGCCGGGCCAAGGCAGCACCCGCUCCCAUCUUCCACUGGAUCCGUACCGGGCAGGAGCUGCCGAUCAACCAGUCCUCGAAAUACUACACCCUACAGCGUCAGCUCGAUCCCCUAACGCACGAAUCCAUCCUUGUAAUCGAGCGCAUCUCCUCGCGCGACUAUGGCGAUUACGAGUGCCGUGCUAAAAACGAACUCGGAAGUGGAUCCGGUACCGGUCGACUGGACGUACGGUCUGCGCCCGAUUCGCCCGCCACGCUGACGGUGCUAAAUGUAACGCACGACAGCGUUACGCUCGGCUGGGAGCCCGGCUUCGAUGGUGGACAUCGUGCGAACUACCGGAUACGGUACCGGGAAGCAACGUCCGAACGGUACCGGUACGAGGAUGGUCCCCCGAACGCACACCAGCUUACCGUGGCCGGGUUGCGUAGCAACACGCUCUACCUGUUCUCGAUCAUGGCGGCGAACGUGCUCGGCGAGAGCCGUUACUUGCCCGAUCUGACCCGUGCCCAAACCAAAGAGCGACAGCCGCAGCCACCGAUGGAAUCGUCCUCCUUCCUGGCGCCAUCGUCUCCAGCUGGACCGUCCACCUUGCUGCUGCUUGGAAUUGGGGUCGCGACCGGUAUAGCCCUGGUGCUGCUCAAUAUCCUUCUUAUCGGAUUCUGUCUCUACCGGCGCAGUCUACCCGGCAGCUCCAGUUCGCGUCGUGCGCGGCACGAUCACAAAUACACCGGCGCGCUGUACAACAGCGGUGCAUCAGACGGAACGAUACCAGCGGAGCUGAGCGAAAAGGCGGCACUGCCCAGCUUCGUGAUAUUUUGCUUCGCCUUCGCCGGACUGUGUUUGCUGAUCGUGAACGCUGGCCUCGUCGCCUGCUUCAUCGUGAGGAAGCGGGCUAAAGACUCAUCCAACCCAAAUAGCAAAUCGGCAACGAUUGAGAUGUAUGCGCCCAGCUCGUACAACGAUACAGUGACGGGCGAGACACUGUCCAGCGUUUCGGAAAAGAGCGACGCGUACUCGAACGACGGUAGUCAGCCUGAUUUUAUGGAUGAAACUAGAAAACGAGCUGUUUCUACUUAUCUAAUCGAUGGAGGAGAGAUGCAACCACCGAGGUACCAGCAGGAGGGCAACCUACCUCACUACGCAAGCAAUACCGGCACUGAGAACGGAUAUGAUCAAUCCGGGCCCACCGAUCAACUGAAAAACUCAACUAUGGACGGCUCCUACUAUCAUAUGAACAACGACCGUUUCUAUCCACCGAUGGAUUAUCCGGGCGUCGAGUUUCCCACACCUCCACUACCUAUUUUACCUUCCGUUGGACCAACGGAAAGCUCUUCCGAAACAUUACGACGGGUAGCGCGAACGAUGGUUCCACCUCCAGAUGUAACGCACCACACACACCACAGAACUGGCGGCCAACAGCACGAUUCCAGUAGUCUUUCCACGACGUUGCCCUUCGGUUCACUCAAUGCCAGCAUUUCACAAGCCGUCCAAUCGACCCCCAAACAACCGCAAGGUAUCCUGAAGGAUCCAAAACGGAGCAACAGUUCCGCUAGCGGAAGUCACACCUAUUCAAGCCUGCCACUUCAGCAGCAGCAGCAGCUGUACAGUAUACACAAUCCCUCACCGAUCCCGUCGGAUCAGUAUGUGGCUGGACCGAGCGGGUACGGGUUGAUGAUGGACCCACAAGGUCACGUUGGCACCAGUGCGGGGAGUAGUUUGCUGAUGGGAGCAUAUGAUCCGCCAGCUAGUUCCAGUCUAGCGUCAUACAACGUUUCCGUCGGGUACACCGAUUCGGACGGACAUCUGGUUUAGCGCUGAUAGGGUUCGUACGAAUCAGAGGGCCAAAAUCAAUUAUUAAUGAGUAAUAUUUUGAGGAAUGACACGACACUUAAUUGAUUAGUGUAUAGCUACUCUUUUGUUGUAUUUUACAAGGCAAAAAUUAAUAUUUUACGUACGUUGCGUAAAUUUAAUGAUACUUUAAUAAUACUUUGUUAGUAAGGUGAUGAUUUUUUACUCAUGAUCGAAGAAAUAACAUGUUUAGAAUACGCCUUGACACAUCGUAAAAAAGCGAUGCACUGUGAAGUGUGAAGCCAAAAUCGAUUCAAUUCGAAGAUGUCCAUGCAAAAGCACGUAUAAAUACCAUCUAUUUUACGGCGAGUAUUUUCACGCAAUGCAUGGGCGUAUGUCAUCGCACUAUACAAGAUGACAGAAGAUCGCACCCAAAUUGAUGUGAAAUAUUGCAGUGACUUUGCUGUUUGGCUACUUUUUCACGCUUCAUAGCGUGAAAUUGUCUCGGUACGACUAAGCGCACGGAUACAAGAAAUCACAAACCAUAUAGUGACAUAUAGUAAUAGUUUUUAAAAACUGUUUCACGAUAAUUUACGAUAACGAAACAUUAUUUAAGGGAAUGAUUUUAGUUUUGUUUGCCAAUUUUUAAACAAGUUCACAGAAACUACCAAAGUUAAUAAUGAAAUAAGUGGUAAAAAUAGACGUUGUCAAUUAAUCAUUCAUAAGAACUCAAACCUUAAACUAAUAAGAAUGAAGUCAUAUUCUUUAUUUACUUCUUUUUCUUCAAUUCUAAAAAUUCUGAUCGACAAUAAUGAAACAUUAAACAAUUGAAAUUAAAUUUCACUCAUUAUUUUAGAAUCGCUUCUUUGGUUUUUCUUUAAAAAGAUUACCUCACACACUUUAUUAUUGUAUCGUUAAGAUUAAACAUUUUUUAAUUUACCAUGAACGUGACAAAUUUUGUAUUUUGUUGGCAAAGUUACUGUAAAUACGUCAAACGAUACAAGCAUUGAUAACAUUUUAAGAACAACUGUUAGCCAAAGAAGUCGAUGCCGAUGCCGGUAAAGUUAACACGUCAGGAAAACAUCGAACCAAUAAUAUUCGAUUUUUUUUUUUUUGAAAAUCUUGAAACAUUUCAGCUUUGAAGCAAAAAAAAAUUGCAACCCAUUGAGCAGGUUCAAGAAAGCCAAAUAAACUGCCAAUGGUUUCUUGAGAGAUGAAUACACAAAAUUUUUUUUCUUACAUUUUUUAUAGCAACAUAAAACAACAUAUAAAUGGGCUGUCUACCACUUUCGAUUGAUUUUCACACCAAUGCAAACCAGCACAAAUACUUUCUUGGAAAGAUUCUUGUGACUGAGGCAUGGGCAAAUAGUUUACCAGAGUGCUAAACAUUUCAUUACUUUGUGCAGAUGUGCAAUAGACUACAGUUAGCCAAAAUAGCAUCACAGGUCAGAACAGACACAAAAAACGCAUGCGAACCAACUUACCGAACGUGUACAUCCAACGAGUAGAUAGAACAAAGUAAUGUAAACAAUAAUUUUAAUAUAAACUUUAUCAUAGAUAGUUUCAGCAGACAAUGUAAACAAACAACAAAUUAAGAAGAAUGAGAAUAAUACGGGAGAUAAUACAAUGAAAUGAAGAUCAAAGUAUUGACACGGGUUUGUUCUUCAUUUGAGUAUUUGUAUGACUUUAGAAGAAAAAAUAAAGAUCAACUGCUAUGUAUCCAUUA